AUGUCGAACAGCAGCAGCAGCAGCACAACCAAGCACACCUCGACCACAGCCAUACCUGAAAAUGUAAAUACAACAUCCAACACCUGCUACAACACUCUUCCUUCUCCUCCGAAUAUCAAUUCUACAUUCCGUAAUAAAGAAGUCAUGGUCCCUUCCGAAGAUCAUUUCGAAACCACAACUGUCAACUCAUUUCAGUUAGAAGAGGUUCCUCCUUCUUCUCAAAAAACCUCUCUAGAAGCUACUCUCCAAGUGGGUACCUCAUCAACCAUGAUGGACUAUAACAAUCCAAUCGCAGCAAGUACUUCCGAUUUGAAUCUUGCUCAUCCUCAUCAUCUUCAUCAGGAAUCACAUCCUUCCACUUUUGAGGUUUCUUCCUCUCUUGAUGAUAUUGCAUCCAUUACGAAACAUACCACGACGGAAGCGAUGGAUCCGAUUGGAGUCUAUGCCACGAAUCAUCCUGCUCAAUUUUUCGAUCAACAAUGUUUUUUGGAAUGGAAAGAUUUGAAAUUUCCAAGUCAAUCUGCGAAUCCAAUUUUGAAAAAAGUUUCUGGAUUUGCAGUUCCUGGAAAGAUUACAGCUAUUUGUGGUCCAGUGGGCAGUGGAAAAUCCACACUCUUACGUAUUUUAUCCAAUCGAGGAGCAUACAAGGAUUAUAGUGGAGAUAUUUUCAUUAAUGGACAAUUAGCCAUGAAUCGAGAGUUACAAACCGAUCGAGACAUUUCCAACAAGUACAAAUCACUCGUUUCAUUUGUCUCCAAAGAUUACGCUCCUUCCAACACAUCACUCAAAGUCAAGGAAAUUUUACGAUUUGCUGUUCGAUUUAAAUUACCUGCUCAUUCGAAAAAUCCAAUUUGGACCACACGUGACCAGAGACUUUCCAUUCUGCUCAACGCAUAUGGUGUGAAAAAUAAGGAAAAUUCAACAUUUAAUACUCUCUCAUCGGGCGAAAAGCGUCGACUCUGUAUUGCAGCUCAAAAUGUGCUCUUUCACAGAGUACUCUUGUUAGAAUAUCCAACCGAUGGAAUUGAAUUUGGAGAAUCGUUUCAUUUAUUGAGACAAUUGAAAAAGCUUGCAGAGAUGGGCGUCUGUAUCGUGAUGUGUCUUCAUCGACCGUCCAUUCUCGAAUUGGAAUUAAUUGAUUAUGUGGCAAUUUUAAAUAAGGGAAGCACUAUUUAUUUUGGAACCCCCAAAAUGGUACAGGAAUAUUUUGAUCUCAUUGGAGUUCAAUUGCCAAUGAAUCGACAAAAUGUGGUUGCCUCUGUUUUUGAAUUAAUCCUUCUCCAUGAAUUGUCAAAAUCAAAGAGUGAGACGGAUCAACAAAUUGCUCAUCACUAUUUGGAUUUCGAUAAGGAGAGUGUGGAGAGGAGAGAAAAUUUGCAUGUUGAAUUUGAGAAACGGCAACGAACCUUUUACGUUCCUCAAAAGGAAUACGAAGAAGCUCCAUUCCGUCACAACAAGAUUGAAGACAUUCAAACAGAAAAGUAUUACUCCAACUAUUUUUCAUCGGUGUUGAUUUUAUUGGAACGAAUUUAUCUAGUCAAGUUCAGAAAUUGGAAAACAGAAUUUAUUUCACCCUUCUUUGAAAAGUUCAUUGUUGCCUUAUUUAUCGGAUUGCUGUAUUUUCAAAUUGCUCCAACAAACAUGACACUCAGAGGCAAAAUUUUCUCCUUCUUCAACUUGAGUAUUUCCAUUACGUUUGGAUUGAGCAUCAAGACACUCAUUUCCCAAAUACCACAAAUGACACAAGAAAGGAAUUCCACAAGUUAUCGAAUUGGAGCCUUCUUUCUCGCAAAAUCCAUCGAAGACUUUGUCUUUUUUACUGUUUAUCCAUUAAUAUACGGUAUUAUCAUUUAUUUAAUGGUUGGAUUUAGCUACGAUGCGGAACGAGUAUUUAUAUUUAUUCUCAUUUUUGGAAUUUACAAUUUAACGUGCAUGAGUUUUGCACAGGCACUUGUGGCUAUCAUUCCAGCGCCGAGUAUUUUGAACUUUAUUGCACCUGUCAUUAAUUUAAUCUUUUUAUUGGUGAGUGGAGCGUAUGGUUUGACAAAUACUCAUUUUUUGGGAUGGGUGGGAUAUCUCUCGUACUUGUCGUAUGCAUUUAAAGCAUUGGCGAUUAAUGAAUUUCAUGGAGUAAUUUUGCAAAUUGGAAAUUCUACUUCAUCGAUCAACGAUAAUUCAACCACUCCACAACAGCCCUCAUUGCCAACAGGUCACUACACGAAUGGUACUUUAUUUUUGGAGAAAACAUAUGGAUUGACAGAUCCACAUUACAUGAUGUGGGUCUAUUUGGGAGUGCUAAUUGUGUAUUUUUUAAUUUGCAAAGCUAUUGCAUAUUUUGGAUUGAGAUAUAUCUAUAAGGGAAUGAGUGCAAAAAAAGUGUUCCAGAAAGUAUUACACGAUUGGUGUGGUUGUUGUUUUUCAAAAAGAAAAAAUCAAUAA